ACAGGCCUUGACUGCGACCGCAUCCUUGCUUCAUUGGCAUUGCACGGGUCGCGCACGGACGGGGUUUCGCUUGAAGCCAACUAACAAAAGCCGCUCCUGUUUCAAGACAACCGCAGGCGAUCAUUGCUCUAGUCAAGCGUAGUGAUCCUCAACCAGAUCUCCUUACUGUGAGAUGCGGAAAGCCACUGCCGUUCUAACACCUAUUGCCCAUCGUCGUAUCCUCGGUAGAACAUUUGCAAGCACAGCGCGCGGAAUCAUGUCGGAGCCUGGGCCUAUUGAGUCGGCUAUUCGUGACAAGCUGAUAGCGCAGUUCAAUCCUAUCCGACUGACCAUCAUCAACGAUUCGUCGAAACACCGCCAUCACGCGCCCAUGCGAGCUGACCCAGCCUCCGCCGCGUCUGGUGAAACCCAUUUCUCGGUCCAAAUUGUUUCAAACGCCUUUGAGUCGAAGACCACCAUGCAACGACAUCGCUUGAUCUACUCGGUGCUAAAGUCGGAGUUGGAGGCCGGUCUGCAUUCGUUAUCACUGCAGACAAAGACAGAGGAGGAGAGUAGCGGAUCAAGUACCAGCUGAUACGCAGGGUCAAUUGAUUGUGCUUUCCGGGUGACUUACACAGGCAUUCAGCACGUAAGCUGUCUUGAUUGGAAACCAACUCUCUGUGUCAAUCCAUGUCCGCGAUCUGCGAAUGCGGAUGUUCGCUACAUUGCCCGUUGCCAAAGCCCUGCAACUUUCUUGAUGUCUGCCGCGCUGCACCGCCCAUCUGUCCUGGAGACAACGUUGACAUCUCGACACCCACAUAAAUCUGCAAUUACCCGAGAGUCUACCCUGAUCGAUGCCCUUAAAAACGGUAUCGACUGA